UCUGCCUUUAUACCAAGACUCUUAGUAACGUUUAUUUAACCUAACUUCGUCGUAUUACAUUUUUAUUUCUAUAUAUAAUCUAUAUAUAUUAUAAUCUCCUGCUUUAAAUAGUAGAAGUAUUAUAAUUUUCCUUUGCCGGGUGCGAGCGCGUCUGAUCCUCUGUGUAAGUGUGUGUGUGUGUGUGUGCACGUGUGUCUCUGUUAAAAACGGGUGUUCGUUCGUGUCCAGCGAAGCAUGUGUAGAAGAUGGUCGAAGGAGCCAAGCUGCACCUGAAAGAGUGGCUGAUCCGUCAGAUCGAGAGCGCCACGUUUGACGGUCUGUGCUGGGAGGAUGACGCCAAGACCAUGUUCAGGAUCCCGUGGAAACACGCAGCCAAGAAGGACUACAACCAGAUGGAGGACGCGGCUCUGUUCAAGGCCUGGGCGGAGUAUAAGGGUAAAUACAAGGAGGGGAGGGACAAGCCCGACCCCACCAUGUGGAAGACUCGCCUCCGCUGUGCGCUCAACAAGAGCACGGAUUUCCAGGAGGUUCCUGAACGCAACCAGCUGGACAUCAGUGAGCCGUAUAAAGUCUACCGCAUCCUGCCCGACAACGGCUCAGCCAGGCCAGUAGAGUCUCCGCUCGUUAAAGGUCGUGUGAUUAACCAGGUGAAAAGGUCCCCAAAGAGACAAGUUUGUGAGAACAAACAGAUUCGUUUUAAUAAUGAAUCAUUUCAAGUGAAAAAAGAAGAAAAACCAUGGACUGCAGAUCCGAUGAAGGAGCACAUGUACUGUGAAUUAACCGGGAGAAAAAAACAGAAUCAAGUUCCCGCUUCCAUUACUCUCCUCCAACCUGGACUUAAUGUAACAGACGUCCGUAUGCAGGUGACAUUGUUGUACCAGGGUCAGAAGGUGAUGGAAAUGACCACCACGAGCCCAGACGGGUGCUUUAUCCUGCAGGGACAGGUUCCUUUGGGAAACGAACGCAUCUACGGACCCUGCACCGCCCAGCGGCUCCCGUUUCCGUCCCCGAACUCGGUGUCGUUGCCGCCGCACAUGACCGAAGCCAUGAACUGCCUGUUGUGUCACCUUGAGCGGGGCGUGCUGCUGUGGGUGGCCCAGGACGGAGUGUUCAUCAAGCGUUUCUGCCAGGGCCGGGUGUACUGGAGCGGUCCGAUGGCCCAACACGCCGACCGGCCCAACAAGCUCGAGCGAGAAAAGACCUUCAAACUUCUUGAUAUACCUAAAUUCAUCAGUGAGCUUCAGAACUGUCUGCAGGGGAAGGGAACAAAGCCGUCUUACAAAGUUGAGCUUUGCUUUGGAGAAGAAUAUCCCGACCCCAACAUACCAAGGAGCAGGAAACUGAUCAUCGCACAGGUGGUGCCAUUGUUUGCAGUGGAGCUUCUGCAGAAGUUCAACCUGGGAGAGACGGAGGAGAAGCAGUCGGCUCUCGGCUCGGACACAGCGGGUGACAACAUGUAGGAAAAGUGUGAAAACCUACCCUGCGCCAGGGAAACCAUGAACAAUUUGCAGAUUCUGAAGCAUUGUGAAGCUUCAGGCCUUUCCUGUGAUCAUCAGGAAGUAGAAUAUCAUGAGUCGAGAUGUAGAAACAGUGGAUGUAAAUCUUUUUGCAAUACAAAAAUGAGCAUUGAAAGCAAUGUUCUUGUUUCUCUUUAUAAUACUGAGCUGUAAGUAAAACUUCUUUUUGUUGUGUAUCAUACUUUAUAUAAGACAUA